CGUUGUGUAUGCCACGGAAGUGAGACAAUUAGUUUCUAGGCUAGAGAAUUAAGAAGCGUAAAUUGUUUUAGAUAUAUUUGUGAGCCAAGUAUCAGGAGCUUUUGAAAUAUUAACGUGACUGAGGUAUGGGAUCUAAUAAAGUUGGCCCUUCCGAGGCUGACGCGAGUACCAGUAACAGUAGCAAGUUUGGAACUCCUACCAAAUAUGAUCCUAAUUUUAAGGGACCAAUUCAAAACAGGAGCUGUACAGAUGUUAUUUGUUGCAUUAUUUUUAUAGCAUUUAUUGUUGGCAUGUUUAUUACUGGUUACAUAGGAUGGACCAAUGGUGACCCACGUAAACUUGUGUACCCAACAGACUCCAAGGGUCAAAUAUGCGGACACACAGAGGAUGUCAAGAACAAGCCGUACCUUUUCUUCUUUGACAUGUUGAAGUGUGCCAGUGCAAGUACCUCUUUCCAGUUCCAAUGCCCAACUACUCAGAUUUGUGUUGAGUCGUGUCCGAAUGUGACAUUUUCACCAUACACGCAACUCUUGAAUGGAGCCCUAAGUGCCGAUGGUAGUAAUGUAGAAUGGGAUAAGUUCAUCUGCGAGUAUGGUUUUAAUCCGCAAACAGAAUUUGUCACUGGAUCCUAUACUGGCCUAAGUGGUUUAUUUGACAUGUUGGAUGAUGAAAAGUGCGCCCCCUACUAUCUUGAGAGUUCAGCCUUUGCGGACCGUUGUCUACCCACAAUUCUCUUGGAGGCAGUUUCUACUAUAGGCAGUGUGCUGGAUAAUGUGAAUGGAACACUGAAAACGCCGACCAACUCCAACAUCACAUCAAGCAAUGUCGCUGACCUGUUUGGCACGGCUGCCAAAUUCUUUCUUGAACUGCAAUCAAUAGGAUCAGUAAUAUUCGAAGACUUUGUGGGUUCCUGGUGGCUUAUAUUAAUGUUUAUGGGUGUGUCAAUGUUGGUAGCUUUGCUGUACAUCAUUCUGAUGCGUUGGUUUGCUGGCAUCAUCGUGUGGGUUAUGAUCUUUGGGACAUAUGCAUUACUUGGCUUGGGUAUUUACUACUGCUGGAAACAAUAUUAUGAACUGGAGAACAUUGAUGGCUCAGAUGCUGCUAUAGCAUUCACUACCGACCUCAGUAGCUAUCUACGCUUACAGAAAACAUGGCUCAUAUUUGGUAUUACGUUUUGCGUUAUCCUCGUUAUUCUGCUGAUAAUUACCCUCUGCUUGUGUAAUCGUAUUCGCAUUGCAAUUGCUCUGAUCAAGGAGGCUAGCAGAGCCAUAACCCACAUGAUGUCUACAUUAUUCUGGCCGAUAUUCCCAUUCCUGAUGCAGAUAGCUGUCGUCACAUUGUGGGCGGCCAUUGCUUUGUAUCUUGCAAGCUCUGGGUCAGCUACCUACAUCACAGCUGGCGUUCCAGUGGAUGACGUCUAUAAUUUGACAAAUGGUUCAAGUUGCACAAAAGAAACAUUCGAGACAGACUACCCAAAUACAACAGCAUUGUGUUUAUUCGAGCACUAUGGUUUGGAGAACAUAUUCCUGUACCUACAGAUUUAUAACCUGUUUGGUUUGUUCUGGUUACUUGCGUUUGUCUCGGCGCUGGAUCAGGUUUGCUUGGCCGGCGCAUUUGCCUCCUACUACUGGUCCUUCAGUAAACCAAACGACAUUCCAGCCUUUCCGGUUAUCAAAUCAUUCUACAGGGCUAUAAGGUACCAUCUUGGAUCGCUGGCUUUUGGGUCGUUCAUCAUCGCUGUGAUUCAGAUGAUCAGGGUCGUGUUGGAAUACAUUGAUCAUAAGUUGAAAGGUUAUGAGAAUGCAUUUGUGAAGUUCCUGAUUAAGUGCUUGAAGUGUUGUUUCUGGUGUCUUGAGAAAUUUAUGAGGUUUCUCAACAAAAACGCUUAUAUUCUGAUUGCAGUAUAUGGUAAAAACUUCUGUACAUCGGCAAAGAAUGCAUUCUUUCUUUUACUCAGAAACAUUGUGAGGGUUGCUGUGAUUAAUAAGAUAACUGAUUUCUUAUUAUUCUUUGGAGUCCUGACGGUUACUACAGCGAUGUCUAUUGGAUCGUUCUUCUACUUCACGAACAAUAUCUCCUGGAUUUCAGAUGUCCUUCCGGUACCAGAACUAAAUUAUUAUUGGACUCCAGUUAUAGUAAUUGGAAUAGGGUCGUAUGUUGUUGCUAAGGUGUUCUUUGGUGUGUACGAUAUGGCGGUUGAUACCCUCUUCUUGUGCUUCUUGGAGGAUUUGGAAAGACAUGACGGAUCAGCCGAGAAACCGUAUUUCAUGAAUAAAAACCUUAUGGAUAUUGUGGGCAAGAAGAAUAAAUUUGAUGAUGGUAAAAGUUAGAUGAAAGAUUUUUUUAGCUACCAGUCCAAAAUACCUCCGUCCAAAUUGAAAGUUGGAAUUGUAGCAAUAUGCAAGUUUAACAGAUAAGACAAGUGUAUAAUUCCGAAUCAAUUGUUGAAAUAAAAUGAAGGUGUACUAUAUUUUAAGUAGGUUAAGAAUUGUUUAAUCCAAAAAUAGUAUUUGUAACAGCACAAAUAUAUGUACAAAAUAUAUUGUACAAAAUAUAUUGUACAAAUAAUAUGACUAGAAUUACAGAAUAUGUGCAGAGAACACUGUUUUGGCAAGAAAAUUCACUUACAAAGUAUACAAUCAUAAAAUA